CUGACGUCUCAUAUGCGACGAAAAAGAGGCAGCUGAGGUGAGUUAUAAACAACAACAGUCAGCAGCUGGAAUUUGAUAGGAAAAGUUCAAUCGUGAAUAGGAAGUGUUCUAGCUUGUGCCCUGAGUUUUUGAGAGAAGAAAAUGAGCAUCAAUAAAGAUUCAGCUGCAGAUUUAUAUCGGGAAUGCGUCGCCAGCGACAGAAAUAUCGAAGGAGACGAAACGACACCUUUAAUAACAAAUGGAUUGCUGCAGACCAGAGCCAAAGGAUCCUCCUUCGCUUCCUCUGUGUUUAACCUGAUGAAUGCCAUCAUGGGCAGCGGCAUACUGGGUCUGUCUUAUGCCAUGGCUCACACUGGAAUUGUUGGUUUUUCUCUCCUGUUAGUACUAGUGUCCAGCCUGGCAGCGUACUCUAUACAUCUCCUUCUAAAGCUGUGUGACCAAACAGGUAUCAAUUCAUAUGAAGGUCUUGGAGAGAAAGCCUUGCAAAAACCAGGAAAAAUUCUGGUUGGAAUUUCCAUUGUAAUCCAAAAUAUUGGAGGCAUGUCAUCCUAUUUGUUCAUCCUGAAGUCGGAGCUUCCUGCAGCCAUCGGCAGCUUCUUGAGUCCAGACAGAACAGUACAUGACUGGUAUGAGGAUGGAAGGUUGCUUCUGAUCAUAGUCACACUGUGUGUUGUUGUACCUCUGGCAAUGUUUCCUAAAAUUGGCUUCCUGGGCUACACCAGCAGCAUCGCCUUUUUCUUUAUGCUGUACUUUGUAGUUGUGGUUGUAGUCAAGAAAUGGUCCAUCCCCUGUCCACUGCCUCACAAUAUGACGAUACUUUCAGAUGCAUUCAAGAUAUCAAAUUCCUCUGACUCAGAAUGUACACCCAAACUCUUUAUCAUCUCCAGUAAGAGCGGCUUCGCCAUCCCGACCAUGGCAUUUUCCUUCCUGUGUCACACAACUGUGCUGCCAAUCUACUGCGAACUGGACCGACCUAGUAAGGCCAAGAUGCAGAACAUUUCAAAUGUCAGCAUUAGCCUCAGCUUCACGAUUUACAUCAUUUCUGCGCUCUUUGGAUACCUCACCUUCUACACUCAUGUGGACUCUGAGCUGUUGCUCAGUUACGACACGUUCAUGCCUCGGGACAUCAUGGUGAUGGUGGUUCGUCUGGCCAUCCUGCUCUCUGUGUUGCUGACUGUACCCCUGAUUCACUUUCCUGCACGCAAGGCUGUGGUCUUUAUGCUGUUUGGAAAUCGGCCCUUCUCCUGGCUGAUCCACGUCACUGCAACUCUAACCAUCCUGAGUGUGGUGCUGCUGUUGGCCCUCUUUGUGCCUGACAUCAGAAAUGUGUUUGGAGUAGUGGGAUCGACAACAUCCACCUGUCUCUUGUUUGUUUACCCCGGCAUUUUCUACCUCAAGAUCAACCCAGGACCCCUCAGAUCCUUUGACUCCAUUGGGGCUGUACUUCUGGUGGUCUCUGGUUUCAUUAUGGGAAUAAUCAGCCUCUCUGUCAUUGUCAACACAUGGAUAAAUUACUCUUAACCUCGUCUGGCAACGCAAAGAAAGGAGAAUGCGUGCCAAAGACACUGAGCAGUGGAUAAAGAAAGGGAACGAACAGAUGCUAAUCAGCAUUACCUCAGGCAGAUUAUCUAUAUUUUAAAGUGGUUCUCAAUACCAGGCUCGUCAAACGUAGACCAAACUCCGCACAUAUAAGCCUGAAGAAAUCAAGGAUUUUAAAUGUUAUACGUACUUUUUUUUUUUUUUAAAUGCUUGAUUUUAGAUUAUAUGCCAAUUCAGGGCAAAUGUUUAUUUUUUAAUCUGCCUAGAACACAAAAUAGGCAACGUUUACUGUGUCAGAACUAUACAAGCAAGUCUCAACAAGAUGACCAUUAUUUUAAUGUUGUUGUUUUUUUAUGUACUUCUUUUUCACUUUCUUUCUAAGAGCCUGUUGUUCUGUGUGGGGAUUACGCACCUAAUGUAAAACAAUCUGCUAAUACUUUUGAAAUGCUGUUGACCAAGUCUUAGCCUUAAUGUAUUUCACUUUUUCAAAUUUGUUUAUUGAGCAUUUUCACUUUUUUUUUGUAGAUACUGUACACAAUCACAAAUUUAUUCAAAUGCUUUUUUCCACUUGUUUUUUUUCUUCUUUUAAACUUGUUUUAAGUAAUUUAAUGAUUGUGUUUGAUUUUCCAAGUUUCAGGUAUAAUUAUUUCUGCUGCUACUUUUGUACUUUAGCUUUUAUAAUGUAUAUGACCAAAACAAUUAUAAUUUCCAAUGUACUGUAUGAGGUUAUAAUGCACAUUAGAAAAAUAUAACUCUCUUCAGGACUAUUGGCAUUCAAUAAAAGGGAAAUUGUUUAUGAACCGA